GCGACGAAAAAAAAUGUUUUUGAUAGGUUUUCCCAAGAGAAAGAUGACAUCUUCGAUCCCAUUCCGUUCGUUCAACGAGAAAUAUGAGUGUAACGACGAUGAUAAUUUCACCUACUCAAGCACUGAACAGAAACGUAUUGAAACAAUGCUUUUCGAAAACUACAAUUCACUGGUGUUAGAACCAUUCAAGACCACAAGCGACGAAGAUCUCGCCGAAUUGACGAUUUUCCGUCAGAAACAUGCCUCGUAUUUGCUCAGAUAUCUCAAAAACUGCCCGUCGAGCUACGCAACCUUAGACGCUAGUCGUUCAUGGAUGUGCUACUGGGGAGUUAAUGCACUUAAAAUUUUGGACGCAGAAAUUCCAAACGAUGUUAUCGAAAACAUUAUUGUUUUUCUUAAAUCUUGUGAACAUCCAGAAGGUGGCUAUGGUGGAGGACCAGGACAAUUGGCUCAUUUGGCUCCAACGUAUGCCGCUGUCAUGUGCCUAGUGUCUCUACAAAAAGAAGAAGCUCUACGAUCUAUCAACAGAGUCACACUGUUCAAUUUUUUGAAGAAGUGCAAGCAUGAGAGCGGAGGAUUUUAUAUGCACGAGGGAGGAGAGAUCGAUAUGAGAAGCGCCUACUGUGCACUAGCAACAUGCGAGAUUGUGGGCCUACCUAUGGAUGAGAUAUCAAAUGGUGUGGCCGAAUGGAUUAUCAGCUGCCAGAGCUUUGAAGGUGGUUUCGGAGGAGAACCGUAUACAGAGGCACACGGAGGAUACACUUUCUGCGCGGUCGCCUCGUUGGUUCUGUUAAACAGAUUCCGUCUUGCUGAUAUGGAAGGUCUCCUUCGUUGGGCCACGCGCCGGCAGAUGCGAUUUGAGGGUGGUUUCCAGGGAAGAACAAAUAAACUUGUUGAUGGAUGCUACAGCUUCUGGCAAGGUGCCAUCUUCCCACUUUUGGACGGAGAAAUGGAACGAGAAGGCCGAUCAUUGGAGAAAGGUCUUUUCGAGGCGCGAAUGCUUGAAGAGUACAUUCUUGUUGGAUGCCAAUCAGUACAUGGAGGAUUCAAGGAUAAGCCGGACAAGCCCGUCGACCUGUACCAUACAUGCUACGUUCUCUCAGGAUUAUCAGUUGCUCAGAAGUACUCUCUCGCUCGCGAUGGGAAAAUACUUGGUGGUGAUGUUAACAUGCUUGCUGAAAUUAAUCCAGUUUUCAACGUGACCAUUGCUUCUGAACAAUUUGCCAAGGAGUUCUUCACUUCUCAUUGAUCGUUCGAUAUGUAUCCUUUCAAUAUGAUUUCAUUCGUUAAUCUCGCUUCUUAAAGACGUCCCAUAUACGAGUUUCUUAAUUCAUAUUUGCCUAAAUUAUGUUUUCCACCCGAUUUUUUAAAUAUUUUUGUAUAAAGUUGUAAC